AUGGGAGCAGGAAAAAGCCAAUUUACUGAAGAGGAAUUACAAGAUUAUCAGGAUCUGACAUAUUUCACCAAGAAAGAAGUGCUAUAUGCACAUCAAAAGUUUAAAGCUCUCGCUCCAGAAAAGGUUGGACAUAAUAGGAAUGCAAAGCUUCCUAUGUCCAAGAUUUUGCAAUAUCCAGAAUUAAGAGUAAAUCCUUUUGGAGAUAGAAUCUGCAAAGUUUUUAGUUCUAGUCAAGAUGGAGAUUGUACAUUUGAAGAUUUCUUAGAUAUGAUGUCAGUGUUUAGCGAUGCUGCUCCAAAAGCUGUCAAAGCUGAACACGCUUUUAGAAUAUUUGAUUUUGAUGGUGAUGACAUGUUGGGUAUAGGAGACUUGAGAUUGGUUGUUGACAGAUUGACAGCACCUCAAAGAUUAAGUGAAAUGGAUAUGCAACAACUUCUUCAAUACAUUCUCGAUGAAGCUGAUUUGGAUGAUGAUGGUGCUCUCAGUUUUGCUGAAUUUGAACAUAUAAUAGAAAAAAGCAGCGAUUUUUCCAAGACUUUUCGUAUACGCUUGUGAAUUAUAAUAGUAAAAUGACCAAAGUAUAUAGUUAACGAAAGACUGAAUAUUAAUAAUAAUAAUUAAUGCUAAAGCUGGUAUAUUGGCACUAGGCCUAAAUUUUGUUCGUCUUUUCACAUGAACAUUAGAAAGUAAUAUUAGAAGUCCUAAAAUGUGCCAAGUCCAAAUGGUCAGGCCUAACAAUUAACAAUGACAACAAGUAAAUAUUUUUCUCUUUUACUUUUUACAAGAUCUUAUAUGCAUAAAUUAACUUUCUAUUUCUACAGUAUUCUACAUGAUAUUUCUCAUUAAUAUAUAGUAAUAAUAAUAUAGUCUAUUUAAGAUAUGCGAUUUGACGUCAAAAGACAUUAUUUAUUCGACAAAUUUUUUUUUAGUCUAAAUAUUAGUAUGCAAUUUAUACUACAUGCAUUUAUUCAUAUAGUAUAAACUUAGAUACUUAAUUUAUUGCAUUUCUUGUUGUAUUAUAUUAUGCA